UUUAUCGGGGAAGUUAAUGCUUCCCCCUCCUCCUCUCCUAUGUAAAUCUCUGUAAAUUGUGACUCCUGUUGAGGUGUAAGGAACUGAAACAGUUAGUUUUAGCAAAUGAAGCUAAUGUCGGUUUGUGGAAGCGACUGUGCUGGACUGUGGAGCAAAUACAACGCCUGUCCGUUUGCAUUUCCACUGUAAUGUCGGCAGCUUCAUCCGUUCAAGGGGACUUUCUCGCUGGCAUAUGGUGUCUUCUUCUCGUUGAACGGUGUAGCAGUCUCCAUGGCGACCAGCGCUGUUCCCGGGGACAACCUGCCCACCUAUAAGUUGGUGGUGGUGGGGGAUGGAGGCGUGGGUAAGAGCGCACUCACCAUCCAGUUCUUUCAGAAGAUCUUCGUCCCGGACUAUGACCCCACCAUUGAGGACUCCUACCUCAAGCAUACUGAAAUAGAUGGACAGUGGGCCAUUCUGGAUGUUCUGGACACAGCAGGUCAGGAGGAGUUCAGCGCUAUGAGAGAACAGUACAUGCGCACUGGAGACGGCUUUCUCAUAGUCUUUUCAGUGACGGACAAAGCCAGCUUCGAGCAUGUGGACCGCUUCCAUCAGCUUAUACUGAGAGUUAAAGACAGGGAGUCGUUCCCAAUGGUCCUUGUUGCCAAUAAAGUGGACCUGGUACACUUGCGGAAAAUCACGAGUGAACAGGGAAGAGAGAUGGCAAUGAAGCACAGCAUUACGUAUAUUGAAACAAGUGCAAAGGAUCCUCCCAUGAAUGUUGAUAAAGCAUUCCAUGAGCUUGUGAGAGUGAUUCGGCAACAAGUUCCAGAGAGGGCUCAAAAGAAGAAGAAGAAAACAAAAUGGCGAGCAGACAGACCAUCAGGCUCGGCCAGGCUUCACUGUGUCCUACUCUGACUGUUUCUGUCUCUCUCCGGGGCACGUCAACAAUGCGAUGAUGGCUCGGACUGUUAACACACACGUAAACAUGCACUGCCCCUCUGAUGUAAUACUACUGCACACAGGUUGAAAUAUAUAUAAAUAAAUACACACACACACACACACACACACACACACACACACACACACACACACACACACACACUAGGGUUUUGGCAAGUUUCACUUAAAUCCAGCCAGUUCAGAGGAUGAAUUGUCUUUAGGUGAUUUCUGUUUAACGAGCCUUGGUCUCACUGUCCAGUCAGUGUUGUGAGUGGUAAAGUGUUAUAAAGGUCCAGUUGGCUAUUUUUUAACUGAAGAAUUGUGUACGAUGUUCAAUUGCCAUUCUUCUAAUCUCCUAAAAUGGCUGUUGAAUCCCUGGAAGAUCCAGGAAACAAGUGCUGUUUGACUGCUGGCUCUCUCAGAGAACUACUCAAAGACAUCCCUAAUGAGGCCUUGUUUUUGUACGAAUUUGUACCUCAUGUUUGUCCCAUUAUUGUAAAUGAAUCCUUUAACAGCACAGGGAUUUGUUAAAGUGGAGUGUUUGAGCUUCUGUCUGUUCCAUGGAGAAGCUCUUAAACCUGUACUGGGACCACUGGCUGCCCUUGAGUCAAAAAGUGAACAGAUGAAUAUACAGAGGCGGACUGAACGUUUCCAUUCGUUACAAUAGCAUCUGCUCAGGAGUGCAAAUUUGUGCAGAAUUCACUGCUCUACUCAAAGCCAUCUUGUUGAUUCCAUACCCAACUUCUCAGUCAUAGAUUUUGCAUUAAUGAAACGCUCGGGAAGUUGCUUGCAUGCUUGAGAAUCAAAUUAAAAGAAGAACCAAGAAAUUAGUCUCAGCUUAAAGACAACAGCAUUGCUUUGACCUACUGCACAAUUUAGCAUUAGCCAGCAGAAAGGUCAUUUAGCUACAAGUUAAAUAGCUCUUGUUUACUGCCCAAAUGCAAAUGAUGGCAAUCAGAAGUAGCUAAAUGCAUCCAUUUUGCUAGAAACCAUGGUCAACCAUUUGUGCUAAUAGCUAGUAAGAGGGGAAUAAGAGAGUUCCACUGCUGAGAAGGCAAAGGGAUUAUUGCUGACAUUCAUGCAGUUCUAGAUUCUAUUUGCACACCAGAUACCAUCUCACUUGAGAAAUCAUAGCAGAUUCAGGUUUUAACCCCAUCCACAUGUCUCAAACAGCAGACACCAACCCUGAUCCUGGAGAUCUACCUUCCUGCUGUCUAGUUCAAAGCACCACCUAAUCCACCUGCUUAGCUUUAUCAGUCAUCCUUAUUGGCUGGAUCAGAUGCAUUAAAUGAAUGGUUUUGCGAAAAAUCAUGUUUAGAUUUUUCCACUUACCCCAGAUGUAGUUGAUCAGCGAAGACAUGUUUGGUGUCUAGAUUUUGCUUCUUUAGUGCCGAAGCUACGAGGCUAUUAUGCUGUGACACAGGUGUUGUCUAACAUGGCUGACCGAUGUACUAGGUAUGAUUUUUCUUUUUGUUAAUAAUGGAAAGAAGUAGCAUUGCUGAAUCAGAAGGGGGGAAAAUGCUAAAAUAUGGUGUCUGUGUGCUGCUUUGAAUUAUCCUGAAAAAACAGAAAUAAUCAUUUAAAUUCAAGGCCCGUUUGGAUUCUGGGGGAGGUUUUUGGACCACGUCAUACAUCUUUAUUUAUUAAAGUAACAUGAACAGGAAAAGAAUGUCUGACUCUAUGUUUAGGUCUCAAAUGUUAAAUGAACAUUAUACUGAAUUCACUCACAUCCUCAGAAGGACCUUGGUCCUUCGUCAAGUUUUGACUGAGUUCUUCUUGAAUACUCUCAAGCACUUGCAAUCAUCAAAUUUAUGUGCUUGGUGAAGGGGUCCAAAGCAUAACGGCCGUUACAAAAUCUUCUUCCACACGUUGCCUGCAAUUAUACAUUUUCACCAGAGAGGUGUAGUUCACAGUUCACAGGAUCGAACUUGCAGGAGUUUGCAGUUUGCAACUCUUUAGUGAUUGUUUAACUUUAUUUAGGCUGUUCAUUCAUUUGUGAGAUCUCUCUUCAUGCAUGUUUCAUCCCUCACCUUCCUCACCUGUGCACAACACUGAAAAUUAGUCCUGCGCCGCAAGAUAUUGUAGCAGGCCCAGUGGGAAUCCCAAGGGAGUGCAGACCAGUAGUUCACAGUUCAAGCCAUACUGUGUCCUAAACUACAUUGACAAGUUUGCACAACCUUAACAAAAACCUAGAUGCGGUUUAAGUGGGUUGAGAGUUUUUGAGAUGUAGUUAGAGAUAUAAUUUGGGUGACUUUUUACUAGCCUCUAAGUUCCAAGGCUCAACUUAAUGAGGGAAAUAUGGACGCCAAACAUGUCUAGGUUGAUGAACUACAUGGGGGUUAGUGGAAAAUCAAGUUCAUUUAUUUAUUGCCAAACUAUUACUUUGGAGGGCAGUGGAUUUGGCCUAACCUCAGUGGGAAAAGUAGAUCUGCGAGAGGAGGGCUGGUGACCACUAGUACAAAACGAUAUAGCAAGAAGUUACAUUUGAUUGCUAGGUAGUUUCCAGCCAUUGCUGCCCUCAACAUGAGAAAAUAGCAUUGUUUAGCGUUUAUCAAUGGCCAAAAUGGGUAUUGACACUAUUCAUGAAAUCAUCAUUUUUUUCCCUCUUCUUUUCUUCGGCAUGUGCGAUGGAUUGAUGGUGGAUUAUACACCAACUUUAAAGGCAUAGUUGUACCAAAAUGCUAGUGUAACUAGUAUUAUAGCCAUGCAACAUUUGACUCAAGAUCAAGACUUUGCGCUGCUAAAUGUCAUCCAUCGGCAAACGUUCGAUUUUGUUGUAGGCUAAUUGUACAGUGACAAUAGAGGAGUUAUUCUGUUCUAUUUCUAGUCAAACUGUCCCCAAGGAAAAAAUGACUUUUCUGUGCUGGGCUUUGCAGAGUUCUAGUGCAGCUUUUGCUCAAAGGACUGAAUACUGACUCUACUUCUUGACACACUGGCCUUAGUGUAGGACAGGAUUAACUCAUUUGUUCGCUUGCAUAUCUAGGGCAGUUAAGCAAUAGUUCUGCAUGUUCACCAGUUUCUAAACAUUACAUAUCUCAGAAAGGUGCCCACAUAUGUUUGCUGAGGAAUUCUUGAAUAUGUCAGUGAAAGAAGCAGCGUAACAAAUACUUUGUCACUGCACAAGUUACCAUUUAUGUUUUUCUUUCUUGUACAAAAAUUGACCAACCAAGAAUCUUGGUGUAUUUUUGUUCGUCUCGAAAGCAUCGUCACUUUAUGUUGGCUUGUAAAACUGUGUAAAAGUGUCUCUUGUAUUGACUUUGAAAAGGCUUUUUCCAAGUGUUUGAAUGUAAAGUUUGCUGAUUUUAACUGCAUUUCGAGCCAGAAGAGCUUAUAACAGCGGCUGUUUUUUAUUUUUAUUAUUUUUUUUUUUGAGGUUUACCAUACAUGAUGUGAGUGUAUACUGUUCUCUUCUACUUCACUCCAGGGACACAUUUUAUCUUGGGAAUAAAACUUUUUUUUUUUUUUUAACUAUUUUUUUUCCCUAACUUUUUGUUUUAAGGUUUGAGGACAGAAUAUCAAUGCGCUGUAUUGCAACCUCAUUAGAAUGUGCAAGAAAUGCGGCUGACAGUUGGAUCUAGUAACCAUUUUGCUACUGUUUUUGUACUUAAGUAAUUUAUUAUUAUUAAUUAUUCGUGUUCUCUUACCAUAUUUGUAUUGCAAUCAUAGACACCAACACAGGCUAUGAAUUAAAAGGGAAUUUUUGCAAAGAAACAUUGUAAGAAUUUCUAAACUAUAAGAUAAAGAAUAAAAAGGUAUUAUGACAAGA